GGAUUGGAGAAAAGAAAACUUGGAGCUCUGGAUUCAAAGCACUUCUGUGUGUUGAAGGGCCUUGAGGCGGAUGUUCCCUGUCCUGAAGAUUAGUGUCACUGGACUGGACCCCAAUGCCAUGUACUCUCUCCUCCUGGACUUUGUCCCGACGGACAGCCACCGAUGGAAGUAUGUCAAUGGAGAGUGGGUGCCAGCGGGCAAGCCGGAGGUCUCCAGCCACAGCUGUGUCUACAUUCACCCAGACUCCCCCAACUUUGGGGCCCACUGGAUGAAAGCGCCCAUCUCCUUCAGCAAAGUCAAGCUGACCAACAAGCUCAAUGGAGGUGGGCAGAUAAUGCUGAAUUCUCUGCAUAAAUAUGAACCUCAGGUUCACAUAGUGCGUGUAGGAGGUGCCCAUCGAAUGGUCAUGAAUUGCUCCUUCCCCGAAACCCAGUUCAUAGCUGUGACUGCCUAUCAGAAUGAGGAGAUAACAGCUCUCAAAAUCAAGUACAACCCUUUUGCCAAGGCCUUCUUGGAUGCCAAGGAAAGAAAUCACCUCAAGGACAUUCCAGAGGCUGUCUCGGAAAGCCAGCAUGUAGCCUAUUCUCACUUGGGAGGCUGGAUCUUUUCCAAUCCGGAUGGCGUGUGCACAGCAGGAAAUGCCAGUUACCAGUACGCUACUUCUCUGUCUUUGCCUGCUCCUCACACGCACCAUGGCUGUGAGCACUACUCUGGCCUCCGUCGACACCGGCAGGCUCCCUACCCUUCUGCGUACGUGCAUAGGAACCAUUCCCCCGCAGUGAAUUUGAUAGAAAGCUCAAGCAAUAACCUGCAAGUUUUCUCAGGACCAGACAGCUGGACUUCUUUAUCUUCCACACCCCAUGCCAGCAUCCUGUCUGUACCCCAUACCAGCGGGCCAAUCAAUCCAGGAUCCAGCCCUUAUCCAUGCCUGUGGACCAUCAGCAACGGAGGUGGUGGCCCUGCUGGGUCAGGCCCAGAGGUGCACGCCGGCACCCCAGGAGCAUUUCUUCUCGGGAUUAAGAACAUGAGGUCACGGCACUCCCUUGCUCACUGUUGUCUACAGACUGAGGUCAGAACUCUUGGUCUAAAGAGACCCUCUACCUUCUGGCCUUCCUCUGGGCAGGCAGCAUUCAUUGACUCGCUGCUAACCCUGUUGUACUCUGACUCCAGUCAGGGCAGACAGCUCUCUGUUCUCUGAACAGUCGCCACACUUGCCUCUCUCUGUGCCCCUCCUUUGUCUGAAGUGUCCUUUCUCCAGUUCUGCAUGUGUGAGAUGUGCCCACUUUGGCAGGACUAACUGAAAGGCCACUCCUUGCAUUAAUCACCUGAGCUGGUAUAUUUAUCUUUUCCCAUGCCCUGUUUUUCCAGUUUUUAAAAUUGCUUCCAGCAUGGAGCUCUCCUGAUCCUGCCUUGCCUUUUUGUCACCUGUGAAAGCAUCUCUCUCCACUAGACUGUAAGCCUCUUGAGGGUGAGGCCUAGCCUUCCUGUCUUUGUGCCUACUGCAUCUGGUACUGUGCCUUGACUACCAUAGGUGCCCAAUAAACAUUUGCUGAGUUGAA